UGUUGACUGUGAAGUGCAGCACGGACGCCAUCUUGAGGAGACCCCGAUCUCAGCGCUGGGCUGGUGACAACACGCUCAUCAUGACGGGAUUACUCACUUCCAAGUAAAACGGCAUCAGUGUUGGGUUGCAGGCGUUGAGCGGAGAGAAGAGGAUCUGCCUCGGCGACGGUUCUCCGCUGCAGGCUGUUUUUAGAGCGAGGCCGCGCUGUAACCCGAUGGCCGGCUAGCUGCUGUGUGGAUACGCCGCGGCCUGCUCGGGAGGAGGAAGGGUGGUGACGGCGCAAAAUGCUUCACCGCUGACUCCCAAACAGACAGUCAUCCUGCCCAGAGACUCGCUGCGAGUUGGUCAACGAGCACGAUGCACUUAUAGAUUUCUUCGAAAAGGAAAAACGCUCUGUACUUUCAGAUUUAGUUUUUAUUUAUCGCUGUGUGAACGACCCGGACCGCCGUCUUGCGUACCCUGAAUCCCCAGCCGGAGACAUGUCAUCCAACUGCACCAGCGCAGCGCCCAUCAGCGCCAGCAAAACCAAGACGAAAAAGAAGCAUUUUAUAGGACAGAAAGUGAAAUUAUUCCGCGCCAGUGAGCCCAUACUCAGCGUUUUAAUGUGGGGUGUCAACCAUACGAUUAACGAGUUAAGUAAUGUGCCUGUACCAGUGAUGCUGAUGCCAGAUGACUUUAAAGCCUACAGCAAGAUCAAAGUGGACAACCACCUAUUUAACAAAGAAAACCUGCCUAGUCGCUUUAAGUUUAAAGAGUAUUGCCCCAUGGUGUUCAGAAACCUGAGGGAGAGGUUCUGCAUUGAUGACCAGGACUACCAGAACUCUCUGACCAGGAGCGCCCCGCUCAACAGCGACACCCAGGGCCGCUUCGGCAACCGCAUCCUGUCCAGCUACGACCACCGCUUCGUCAUCAAAACCGUGUCCAGUGAGGACAUCGCUGAGAUGCACAACAUCCUAAAGAAAUAUCACCAGUUUAUAGUGGAGUGUCAUGGCAACACGCUGCUCCCUCAGUUCCUGGGCAUGUACAGGCUAACGGUGGACGGGGUGGAGACGUACAUGGUGGUGACCCGGAAUGUAUUCAGCCAUCGGCUCACCGUACACCGCAAAUACGACCUGAAGGGUUCGACAGUCUCAAGGGAAGCCAGCGACAAGGAGAAGGCGAAAGAGCUCCCCACUUUCAAAGACAACGACUUCUUGAAUGAAGGCCACAAGCUGCAGAUAGGAGACGACAACAAAAAGUACUUUUUGGAAAAGCUAAAACGGGAUGUAGAGUUCCUGGCCACUCUGAAGAUCAUGGACUACAGUCUCCUGGUGGGCAUCCAUGAUGUGGAGCGGGCGGAGCAAGAGGAGAUGGACGUGGAGGGCACGGGGGAGGAGGAGGAGUACGAGAACGACGGGAUGGGAGGAGGCGUGUUAACGGGCUCUUUCGGCACGCCUCCCGACAGUCCCGGAAACCCUCUGAACUGCGGCGGGUUUUUCGGCCCCGGGGAGUUCGACCCCUCUGUGGAUGUUUACGCGAUCAAGAGCCAUGACAGUGCUGUGAAGAAGGAGGUAUACUUCAUGGCUAUCAUCGACAUUCUCACACACUAUGACGCUAAGAAAAAAGCUGCACAUGCUGCCAAAACUGUGAAACAUGGGGCGGGGGCCGAGAUCUCGACAGUGAACCCGGAGCAGUACUCCAAACGAUUCUACGAGUUCAUGUCCAACAUCUUAUCGUAAACAUCAUCUUCCAGUCCAGCCAGCUGGUCUCUCCCUGUCAGAUCUGUCAGAUGCCACGCCCACGCGCGCACACACACACACACACACACACACACACACACACACACACACACACACACACACACGUUUCUCUCCUCCCUCACCUCAGUGUAGGUCAGUCUCCCAUCGUUAAAACUAAACCACCUCUCCUCAGCAUCAAGCCUGUUACACUAUCCCGACUCCACCUGUGAACCCCUCUCACUGAAUUUGGUUCCUGGUAUUCUCCCUGUGGUGUUUUUCUUAAAAAACAAACAAACAAAUAAACAAACAACAAAAAAAGAACCUGCUCUCCUUCAGCCACCUUGUUGCUCCUCACGCCAGCACGGAAACUGUCUCACUAAUGCCUUGAAUGAGUGUGUCAGCUUCAGCAGUUACCAGUUCGUUAGUAGAGUCUCUUUAGUUUCUGUUCAUGUUGUUGUUGUUCCUAUAAUUUCUAUUAGACAUACACGCACACAUGCAGCACACACGCAGAUGAAGAAAGGUCUGAUUGCAUGGCAAACUCUUCGACAGUCGCCAUCAGGCUUCUCUCUCGGUAACAAUUUUUCUUUUGUUUUUUUUACAAGUUCUUCUGAUGGAUUUGGAACGACAGGGUGAUGAACACAUGAAUAUAUAAUGGUGUAUUAAGUAAAAGAAUGCAAUAUCAAAAAAAUGCAUGGCUGACUUGUACAUGAGACUCCACCAGUUGAAACAUCAAACCACUGAACUUGGCAUCUGAGUGUUACGACUAAAACUUUUUAAAAAAAGGAAAAAAAAAUCCGUGUUUGAAUGUUCUGUUGCCAUAUUGUUUCUGAAUAUUUUUCCAAUUUAACCGUGAACUUGGUGGAGGUCGGUCAAAGAGGACAAAAAAACAACAAAAACAUUCACUUUAAAAAGGGGAAUUCUGCAGCAAAUACUUGUUUUAUUACCAUAAGGAUCAUUUUUAUAUCUUGUUUACAUUAAUGUAGCAACUUUGUGUUUGUAUACAGUAUUGUUUUGUUACCAGCAGACAUUAGGAAAAAAGGUUACUUGAAAAUGAUUCAUUGCAUAUUAAAGGGAGUUUUAUCUUG